UGGAACGUAUACUGUCAAGUUAACUUUUUCCAAAUGGCGGAUUCGGAUUCCGACGGCCAAGAAUUGACAAUUUCUGAGCAAAAGAAUGUCGGUACAGAGCAUUCAAAAGAGAAAAGAAAAGGGAAACAUACCAUCAGUGAGAAAGAGAGGCUAAAAAAAAGAGGAGUUAGUAAACCUGGUCGUGCUGUGGUGAUAUCUGGAGGAAGCACAGAACCCCAGUUGGAUGAUGUGCCUGUGGAUUUAUCUGCAGAUCACAAAGAUCUAGUCAUGGAGUACUCAGAUAUCUUUGAGCCAUCGGAAGAUGCUGGCUUUAUUGAUAUUCAAGAUGGUGAUGCCAUUUCUGAGAGCAGUGACACUGAGGUUGUGGCACACACCAGAGAAGAGAUACAGUAUGACAAUCCAGAAACAUCAAGCGAAAGUGAUAGUGAGAAUGAAGGAAACCAGGGUCCUCCCCCAUUGGAUAGUGAUGAGGAUGACGAUGAGGGUAGUGAUGUUGACGGUAUUGACGGCCCCCCUCCAUUGCACAGCGAUGACAAUGCUGAGAACACAGAUAAUGGAGAUGAGCUGGUUACCUCACCUGACAGUGGUAGCAGGGAGGAUUUGAGCUCCAGGAGAGCCCCUGUACCCAGAGAAAGGAGAGGCGUGAAGAGUUCUGAUGACUCUGACAGUGAUAGUGAAAGGGAAGUGCCUCCACCUCUUGAUAGUGAAGAUGAAGGAGAAGAAAGUGAUUCCAGAAGCCCUGCUGUAGAAGCUGCCGAAAGUGCUGAUGUGGAUUCUGUUGGAGGUUAUGCUCAUGAUUCACCAGCUGAAGAUGCGAAUGAUAAUGACGAUGAGCAGCCUGGUGGUAAGUUUGAUGAAGAUGAUGAUGACGAAGAGGAGGAGGAACAACCUAUCAGUAAUGAUGGUAAUGCUGACGAUGGUGAUAAUGACGACAAGAAGGAAGAAGAAGAUGUUGAGGUAGUGCCGCAGUCUCCUAGGCCUGUCACACCUGAAUCUGAAAAUUCAGAGGAAGGUGAACUGUCUGAUUCAUCUCCAGAAGUUGAGACCCAGAUUCCAAAGCAGGAUCAGUCUGACGACCCUGAUGACGAUGUUGAGGAUGAUAAAGAGAGUGAUCAUGAAGCAGUUUUGGAUACAAUAGAAAACGAAAAUGUCGCGUCUGUUGCUGAUGAGGUUAGCAGCUCUUUAGUCCCAGUCGAGGAAUCGCACGAAGACGAAAAAGAGGAAAGCGAGGAUGAAGGUGAAACUGGAGAUACAGUUGGCAGUGAAUUUGAUGAGAAAGGUACUGUAAAAUCUGAUCAUGACCACAAUGUUUCACAUACUUUUAGAGAAGAAGAGGCGCGUCGUGAUGAUAGCGAUCACGAUAGUGACGAGUCACAAGAAUUUGUUCCCAUUGAAGACGACAAUGAAUUGGAAUGGGAUGUAGAAGAUUUUGAUGUUCCUGAACACAAAACUGUUAAAAGGACUUCAAAGGUGAAUAAAGAAGUACAAGAGGUUGACAAAUUGAAAAAGACUUUUCUGGACACUCUAAAGAGUGAAGCAGAAGGUAUGAAGGUUGUCAGAACUGAACAGAAAGCUGAUUCAAAGAAAAAGGUUGAUAAAGGAGUAAGAGAAAAGAAAAUUCUUGAAGACGAUAAGGAACGUGCACUUGGUAGUUCAAAAGAUUUGGAAACUAAAGAUUUAAAACCUGAGUCUGGAAAAUAUCCUAGAAAGGUAACAAAAGAUAAUCCAGGUAAUAAUGAACACGUGAAAGUUGAAAAGAAAGUUGUCAAGGAUUUGGUGGUCAAAGAUAAAUCAAAAACUGUUGUCUCUUCAAAGCCAGUUGACAAUGCAGCAAAGCCGAAGAAAGGAAAAGUGAAAGCUGCAGAUAAGAAUUUAGAGGAAACAAAUAAGCAACAGACUGAAAAACUUAAGAAGGGUUUUAAAGAAAGCUCAAAAGUAACUAAAACAUCCGCCAUGGAAAGGGAAGGAAUUUCAAAAGCUGGAAAUGUUAAGUCUGCCUCAGUUUCGUCAUUGCCUAUUGGUGCGGAUGUGCAGCGGAGAAAUCAGCCAACAAAAGAGAAGAAGAAAACAAGGCCAGUCAUUGAUUUUCGCGCUGAUUCUCGUUCACAUAACCAGACAGAUGAGGUGCAUGUAGCUGCUAAUCAACCAAGAAAGGAAGCGAAGAAACCACGGAAAAGUGACAGUGACUCAACAUCGGACUCGUUAACAAGGAAAAAACCACAGAAAACAACUUCGUCUGAAUCUGUAUCUUCCAAGAAACAGAAAUCUAGUUCGACCACUACAACUACGCGCGGGGAAAGAGAAAAGUCCUCAGAAAAAGCAGAGGUGAGAAAAAACAAAUCUAAAAGGACUGCGAGUAAGCCUGAUGAAUCUGAUCAGGAAGAGGAAAUCAGUCGUGAAAGGAAGAAACGGAGCGAUGCACCGGUUAAAAAUCCAGGUGAAUCGAAAUCCAAACCGAGAGGAAGACCAACGAGUAAUGGUCACCUUUCGAGUUCACAAGAAAAACUUUCCUUUCAUUCUGGUCACCACGAUCAAAGCCCCAGGGAACAUGGUCUCAGGGGUCAUCUUGCGAGGGACCAUGUUGCUAAGGACCACAGUUUGAGGGACAAUGUUACUAAGGAUCACACUGCCAGGGGCCAUGGUAGUAGGGAGCGCAUUGCAAGGGACCAUGGUAGCAGGGAGAAUGUUGCUAGAGACCAUGGUAUCAGAGAGCAUGAUGCUAGGGAUCAUGGUAACAGGGACCAUGUUCCUAGAGAACGUGGCACUCACAAGCACAGUGGCCACACCCAUGAUCGAAGCAAACACGUCUGGCUUUGCAGAGAUGAUGAGAUCCAUAAACUUAUUGCACAAAAGGCUUCUUUGUUAAAGGAGUACGAGUCAGGAAGCUUGGCUGGCAGGAAAGUUUUUUCAGGACACAAGAGUCGUCACAAGCGGGAAGAGGAUCCUGCCGAUCUGCCUGACGUGGGAUUCGUUGGCAGCAAACCAAACAGAAGACAAACGAGACCGAUGAGCGAGGUCAUCCCAGGCGGUGUUCCUUACAGCUCUCGGAGGAAGGAUAAGCGUCAAUCUCUGCAGCUUUCAUACAAUGGAUCGUCAACAGAUGACGACGAACGCACGAACAGGGCAGCAGAGGUGAAGAAAACGGGAACUUUUGCGGUGGGACUAGCGUCACGUAACAUCGAGCAUUCGGAACCAGCAGGAGAGAGUGACUCGGAACACGAGGAGACUUGUGAAUAUUGUGCUGCAGAGAAGAUGACUUGGCAUGAGUAUGUAAAGAGCUGUAAGCAGGCCGUGACCCAACGCCGGGGGCAGCAGGACUGUGAUGAUUCCCGAACUCUCCCUCUUCCACCGCUUCAAACCUUCCGCUUGCCGGGACAUUUCUUUGACUCAUCUGCUGCGGCAAACAAGGCCCGAGAGCGAAAUCCAGCUUGGGAUGGCCCACAUCAUCCGAGGAAUCUUCUUCUUGGAGUUGUGUACACAGCCAAGUACCUGGGUUCGUCGCAAAUUAUGUCGCCCCAGGCCCCAAACAAAGCUGUACGGAUGGAACAGGCUCAGGAAGCCGUGGGACGAAUAAAGGUUCCUGAGGGUGAGGACCAACCAACUACUGAUAUUGACUUUUUCAUUUCUACUGAAAGACUUAAAGUGGUCAAUUCCACUACAAAGGAGGUCAUGUUAGACCACUCCCUCCGCUCCGUGUCGUUCAUCGCAGAUAUCGGAGAUGUCCUUGUACUAAUGGCUCGUCAGCAAUCCGAGGAACGCGCCAACAAAGAGGUUUUAAAACCUUCACAGAUCCUGGCUAGCGUAGGAACGGCGCAGACGGACCACAAAAACGUCAAGAUCACUUGCCACGUUUUUCAGGCGCCAGAGGCUCAGGUUAUAGCCAAGAGUAUUGGUCAGGCAUUCAAUGUGGCUUACCAAGAAUUUUUAAGACAAAACGGACUAAGUGAGGACGUUAUUGAAGAUGCCGAGUAUAACGGUGUGUUAGAGGCACAGAAAAUACUCGGCGAGGACUUGUCCCUGUUGUCCGAUGAAAAUAGCGCCAAAGAAGUGAUUGUUAAUAAGAAGCCCGCUGAAAUACUUGGUGUGAUGAUCGUGGAAUCAGGCUGGGGAUCCAUGAUUCCUUGUGCCAUCAUAGCGCAUCUAGCGAAAGAUGGACCAGCGGCUAAGUCUGGCAGGCUUAAUGUUGGUGAUCAGAUCCUCUCAGUGAAUGGUACAAGUUUAGUCGGUCUGCCUUUGUUAGAAUGUCAAAAUAUUAUUAAGGGCAUACGUCCAGAGACGAAAGUGGUGAUGAAAAUCGUGUCGUGUCCUCCAACUGUUCAAGUGGUGGUUAACAGACCGGAUACCAAAUAUCAGCUUGGAUUCAGUGUGCAAAAUGGAAUGAUUUGCAGUUUAAUGCGCGGAAGUAUAGCAGAGAGAGGCGGUGUUCGAGUGGGACACAGGAUUAUUGAAAUAAAUGGCGAGAGUGUGGUAGCCACGUCUCAUCAGCAUAUAGUGGAACUAUUGGCCACCACAGUAGGAGAGAUCCGUAUGAAGACCAUGCCUGCCUCCAUGUAUCGCCUUUUAGUUGGUUUGGAAACACCGCAACACAUCUGAUCUGAUUGGGAAGAGGACUUCAUGCUUAAAUUUACAAGCGGACCGCUUGAAAAAGUUCGACGUCAGUCACGCAAUGAAAGCGAGUAUGUCACCCAUUGGGAGAAACUUUUUCACGCAGUUUGUCCAUGAACUUAGACAUCGUGACGGAGAGUUUGAAUGAAACAAUAUAGUGAAAGAGGAAUGAACGGGUCUUCCAUUGAACAGAAUCGUCUAGAGACAGUCAAGGAACUGAUAAGUUCGACAGCCAAAUGUAACGCUUCACUAAAGUAUCAGUGGAUUAGAUUGUUUAAGUCUCAGUCCAUUGUUGAAAAACAUUGAAUACAAAUCAACUCAUUGUAGAUAGCCGCAGUUUUUGAUGGAAAGUAAUACGUUCAACAAAUAGCUGAAAUAUUUAUUCGAAGCUGUCGAAUUAUUUACCUUUUGGUUUAUGUUGUUUACAUAUAAAAUUGAAAGUGUAAACUUUGAGAAGUCGUUGAGUUCCAAAAAAGAUAUACACGCCUACUAGCGUUUUUCAUAAACUUCGGUUACUUUUGAAUGGGUAAAAAAGUGUGAUGAUGACGAAGUUCGCGAACUAAACUUUGAUGGUUCACCAAUUUCACUUGAGGGGUUUCAAACGAUAUUUCUUGCCAAAUCCUUCGUGUACCUAUCCUUAACGCAAAACUGACAUCUAAAUAAUAUGCUUUGAUACGUUUCGGGGUGUAAUUAAAAGUGUUUUACAAGGAAUAAACAACUCUUCAUUUGUUUAAAAAA